AUGCAGCCCGCCUUGGUAGCCAUCCAUAAACCACAAACAAAACACACGAGGACGCGUACAGGGUGUCUGAAUUGUCGUCGGAAGAAGCGCAAAUGUGAUGAGCGCCGCCCGGCUUGUGGUACCUGCCGCCGGAGGCAGGAGAAGUGUCUCUGGGGAGUCCAACUCAAAUUCCUUACCGAAAAUGCUAAGGGUAUCAGCGAUGAGCAUCCUAGCAUGCGGAGGCUGAAGGGCAAGAGGCAGAACAAUUGCUUUGAAAUACUGGAUGUCACCGAGGAUGUUAUUCGCGAUUACGACCCAGGCUCGCCGCCAAUGAUGGAUGAUGACUUCAACUGCGGCGACGACGACGACGACGGCUUUAUGGGCGUUAGCUGUCCUGGAGACCGGGGCAGCACCGGAUGUUCCCAUACGCGAAAAGCAGAUAGGACGUCCUUGAUGGAUGAAGAUGCAAACAUUUCAUCCUCUGUGGAAAGCACGCUCCUUGGAGGUUAUCCCGGAUGGGUAGACACCUCGUCGCCCUCAUCGCUCAGGCAGACCGAAAGCGCUGUGGCAAACCUAAUCUAUCUCAGCCAGGGUGGCUCUAGGACUGAUCCAAGGUGUGAUGAGCAGUCGAAUUUUGCCUCUUCUUCCUUCGGACUUUGGCCACUUGACAUGAGCGAGUACUCCGAUUUGCAGCUGGACGACGAUGGCAUCUUCCUGCCGGGCACCGCGUACCACGAACUUCAUUCAACACUAAGAAGCCAUCUGAUCCAAGAAGUGAAGUCCAAUGAUCCAACUCGCCCACCUAGUCCGCUUCCAGGGUUGGAAGAGCUGGAUACUAUUAGUGAGGAAGUAGAUGAUAUUGUCGACGACCUGAGCACAGCUGAACAAACGCUGAUAUCUAAAGAUCGAAUUCUAAGCAAAGAAGAGGAGGUUCUUUUGUGGAGAAAUUGGUUUGAUGAGAUUGCCCCUUGGCUUGACAAGUUCGAUAAUGACCAGCAUUUCAAACAUGUCAUCCCCACUAUGGCGCCCUCCAACUCCUUCCUACAGUACUCUGUUCUCGCUCUUUCAGCACGACAGAUCGAAUUGAAAGAAACGACCUUGCCUCACGAUCGAAGUUUGCUACUGUACCAGCAGGCUAUUCAUCUACUGCUCCCUCAUCUACCAUCUCGAACCACAGCCGUCAUCGCUAGCUGCGUUAUCCUCUGUGUUCUUGAAAUGGUUUCCUGCUCGCCCAAAGCAUGGAGGCGCCAUUUGGAUGGAUGUGCUUGUCUUUUAUCGGCCGUCGGCAUCAGUGGGUUUUCUAGUGGCGUGGAAGGCGCGUUAUUUUGGUGUUUUGCACGCAUGGACGUCUGUGGUGGUCUGAUAUCGUCUGUGAAGACCCUCAUCCCAAUCUCCCAAUGGGCACCUGGGUCGGGUGUUGACGAUGAUGUAGCGCUCUUCAAGACAAAGGCGAAAGAUUUUCAUCAUUGGGCCAAUUUCGCUGUGUAUCUUGUCGCCUUGGUUUUAGACUUUCUGGAGACCACGGCGUUGGAUGCUGAAGGGAGGCUUGAAUCGUGGAUGAAACUCUGGGGAUACAUUGCCGAAUGGCACGACUUGCGGCCUGCGGCUUUACAUUCGAUCAUCACUCUGCCCUCGAGCGAGGAGUCACCCUUCCCGACAGUACUUUUCUCGAAUCCAGCAGCGAUAUCUGGAAACCAACUCUACCACACCGCCUCACUUCUAAUGCUGCAGAAUAAGCCCGCAGGAUUACGUCUUUCGUCGUUGGGAACCUCUUCGGGUUCUGUCACGACAGGCGCUGCUGCAAGAUGCUUGACAAAGGCUCGUAGCAUUCUCUGGCACGCGAGACAAGUCUGCGGGAUCAGCAUUUCCAACGACCACCACGGCGCGUGGACGAAUGCCUUGCAGCCGAUAUGGAUUGCAGGCCGCUGCAUGAGCCAUCCCGCGGAGCACAAGGCUAUCCUGGAGCUACUGGAUAAGAUCGAGCGCGAAUCGGGGUGGAGCACGAGAUGGAGAGCGGACGACUUGAGAGAAUUCUGGGGGGAUUUGGGAGAAUAA